AUGACACUGAAUACAUGUCGUUAAAUCUUUGAACUGCUCCGAGUGGUAAAACAAAAGAAUUGAUGGGUGAGAGGCUUGUACCAAUACGAGGAAACAAACGCUCGAUACUCUAAAUGCGCGCGGCAGCUCCCAAGCAAUCGAGAGACUGCCCCCGCUGCCCCCGUGCUUCCGGCGCCGCUGUAUCGGAUUAACCCAUUUUCUUUCAUGAUCAAAAUUUUGUUUCUCCUUUUUAUGUUGAUUGAGAUUUGAUUGAGGUCUAGCGUGUUUAAUUUUCAACAUUUGUAAAUUGGGGGCACGUGCCUCAGAUUCCCCGGCUCAUACGUCUUGGUCUUUGGUCAUGUGCCCCACCACUCUCUCAUUCUUCUACUUUUGAACCGCUUCGCUUUUCUCCGCGUCCGCGCCUUGCCUGCUUGGCGGCUGAUUCUGUUUCUAUGGAUAUAAUACCAAGGCCUAUCAAAUAGAUUCCAAUUGUUCCUAACAUGCUAUUGUAAAAAUGGCCAAUCAGUGGUUGGAGCAGUUCAAAGAUUUAACGAGAUGUCACUGAAUCUCUUACAACAAAUGAUGGCAAAUGGAGACAUAACUGUGGCUGACCUUGCCAGUUUAGCAAAUACCAACAGUCAACAGGAACUCUACAACCACGAAGACAAUGCUGCCACGCCAGGCUCCGUUGAUGAGACAGGUUUUGAGGAGACAGAGACGAUCGUCUCUGUUGUCACCACCACCCCCGAGAACAACCUACAAGGCCUAGACCAGUACAAUGGCGAAGAACUACUUGCAGCUGAAUUCGACAAAGAAGUAUUUUUGGAAGAAGUCCGCAAGUACAGAUGUUUGUGGGAUAUUGCUUCCGAAGGAUACAAAAUUAGGCCCAUGAAGCAAAACGCAUGGUCAAAAAUAGGACAGUUAUUCAACAAGGACGUGGAAUUUCUUCAGAGGCAUCUAAAAAAUCUAAAGGACAACCUGAAAAAAUGUUUGGACAAGAGGAACCGGAUGACUAGGUCUGGUGCUGCUGCAAGUUCAUUGCCUAAAUGCAAGUACUUUGAACAAAUGAGAUUUCUGCAUGAAAAAACAGCAAACAGGCCCACAGAAAGCAACAUUAUUCAAGCUGAAACAGCUUUGCAGUCUGAAGAUGUUUUGGACGGCCCAUUAGCCCCUCAGAUAUCAGUAAGGCCAGUUGUUCUGAGUGGUACAAAAAGGAAGGCAAGUGACACACCAUCCUCUUGUGGUAGUCAAGGGUAUAAGAAUCGUCAAGAAAGAUUUGAUAAUGCAAUCCUGAAAGAAUUGGAAUCCACAAAUAAUGCAAUCAAGUCAGUUGUCACUACUGAUAAUGAGGAUGAAGUUUCUCUGUAUUGCAAAAGCAUCAUUCCAAUAAUAUCAUCUUUUUCAGUUAAAAAGAAACGAUUAGCUAUGAUCAAAGUCAGCCAACUGUUGUUUGAACUUGAGUUUGAACAUGAAUAAUAUUAUGUAAGGUUAACUUAUUAUGGAUAUGUAACAUUUUUAUUUUGAUGUCUAUACACAUUUGUAAUUCUGUUCUUACUUGCUUCAUUCUUUUAUUGUCUGUCCUGAAACCACUCAUGUGGAUUUGCAGUUCGACUAACCAAUUCAUUUUGCCAUUCAACUGCGCCCUCGUUGGUAAAGUAGUUUUUAUAUCCAUGUCUUACAGAAGCUGCAUCUUUAGAGUAGUUAUUUGAACCACUUUGAGAAAUUGGUCGAAGGCUACCAAAAUCAGCUCUAUUUUGUCU